AUGGUCGCCGACGCGGUUCACGAGCUCCCUUCGUCUAUCAUUGUGCACCCAACCAGAGGUCAGCUCCACCACACGAACCCGCUCGUUCCGGUGGGAUGGCAACACCCGCAAAUAGCGAGUAGUUCCUGUACUAAUAAAGCGUUCGGGUUGGACGACUUCCACGACUCGUUGUUGGAAACGAUUUUGUCCUUCAUGGACGCGGAAACGAUCUUACUGACUGGGCAAACCUGUAAGCGUUUGCACGCUUUGUGCGAGCGAGAGGAACUCUGGGCCGCUUUGGUGAACACGCGCUUUGGCCACCGGCCGAAUCGAACCAUCGUGAGUUCAGAAAAGCAUCAAAAACAGAAAAGGAAUGGAGAAACUCUGGAGGAGGAGAAGCGGUUUUGCAUCGUCAAGCGCUUGAGCUGGAAAAUGGUGUACAAGAAACACCGAGAAGUGUUGUUCGCUCUGUUUCGCGGGAACAGCAACGGGCGCGUGCAACAAUUCGGCGGGGAUUUCUUCAUCAAUCACGCGAACGAGCUGGCAUUGCCGCCGUCGAAUUCGUCAUCUGCAAAUGCCGUGAUGAUGAUGGCGUAG